AUGGUCAGCUUCACAAAGGUCUUCGUCAUCUCUUCAUCUCUUGCCGUUUCCUCCGUCCAAGCACGGCCCCAGGAUAUUGGUGGUUUACUUGGCGGCAUUUUCUCAGCUGCUGGUAGUGCCAUCAACGGUGCUAUUUCUGGCGGUGUUUCCGCUGUCGAAAAUGGGUUUGGCGUCGCCCAAACUGCCGCUGAAAACGCAGUCAAGAGUGCAGAAUCCGCCAUUGCCGGCUACGAAUCUCAGGCUGUAACAUGGGGCUCCGGUGUUUCCACCGUUUUCCGAAGCUACAUUAGCGAAGGUGACGCUGCUCUGUCGUCCGCCAUUGCCAAGGCCUCUUCCAUCUACGGUGACCGUACCUCCGUCGAGCCCUCAGUGCUUUCCGCGGUCCAGUCGGUUCUUUCUGAUGGUGUCGCUAAUGCUCAAUCCAACAUUUUACUUGCUGCUUCUGUUGCAUCCAAUGGUAUCCAGUCAGGCAUUAGUGACGCCAAGUCUUUGGCCACUGUCGCUGAAUCUGCCGCAAAGUCGGGAAUUAGCGCUGGUGUUUCAGAUGUUCAGUCCGUUGCCUCUGCUGCAAAGUCUGCUGUUACUUCUGUUGAGUCCGCUGCUAAGUCUGCUGCUACCUCUGUUGAGUCUGCUGCCAAGUCUGCUGCCUCUUCUGUUAAGUCUGCUGCUUCUUCUGCCUCUGCUGCUUCUGCUUCUGCUUCUGCCUCUGCUUCUGCUUCUUCCACUUCUUCGGCCAAUGCUGCCCCCAUUGUCCUUGCUGGAUCCUCCUUUGGUGCUCUUUUCGCUGCCAUUGUCAUGGCCAUCUAA